AAAAAGAAAAUAGUGUAUGUGUCAAAUAAAGAUGUCAGGUACCGGAUUGCUGCGCUGUUGCAGAUUUUUCCAAUUUGUGGUGAUUCUACUAAUUCUAGUGGAACAACGCCACGUCCAAGCUAAUGUGAACAAUCACCUGGCCGGUGUGCAUCGGCGCUUCGAGUACAAAUAUUCAUUUAAGCCGCCAUAUUUGGCACAGAAAGAUGGUACCGUGCCAUUCUGGGAGUACGGAGGCAAUGCUAUUGCCAGCGCGGAGAGUGUACGUGUAGCUCCGUCUUUGCGUUCACAAAAGGGUGCCAUUUGGACAAAGUCGCCAACGAACUUCGACUGGUGGGAGGUGGAAAUAGUCUUCCGUGUGUCAGGACGUGGUCGCAUUGGUGCUGAUGGCUUGGCUUUUUGGUACACCACACAAAAGGGUGAUUAUAAUGGUGCUGUAUUUGGCUCCUCGGAUCGCUGGAAUGGUUUGGGCAUCUUCUUUGAUUCCUUUGAUAACGACAAUAAACACAAUAACCCAUAUAUUAUGGCUGUGGUGAACGAUGGCAUGAAACAAUUUGAUCACCAAAAUGAUGGUACCACUCAGCUAUUGUCUGGUUGUUUGCGUGAUUUUCGCAACAAACCAUUCCCAACACGUGCGCGCAUUGAAUACUACAACAAUGUACUGACUGUGCUGUUCCACAAUGGUAUGACGAACAAUAACGAGGAUUAUGAGAUGUGUUUGCGUGCUGAUGGUGUACAGUUACCCAAGAACGGUUACUUUGGUUUAUCGGCUGCAACGGGCGGUUUGGCAGACGAUCAUGACGUCUUCCACUUUUUAACAACGUCACUCCAUCCACCCGGUCAAAUACCAUCAGAACCGGUGAAAUCCCCAGAGAACUCUGAGAAGCUGACACAAGAAUACAAAGAAUACCAAGAAAAGCUGGAGAAACAAAAGCAAGAGUAUAAGAAGGAGCAUCCAGAUGAGGUUAAAGAUGAUGAUGAGUGGGAGGAAUUCUUCGAAUCGGAAAAUCAACGUGAAUUGCGUCAAAUAUUCCAAGGGCAAAGUCAAAUCUUCGAACAGUUGCGUGAUCUAUCGCGUAAAGUUGAUGAAGUAAUCGGUCGCCAAGAGAACACGCUCUCGUUGGUAUCGCGCAGUGCCGGUGCAGCGCCAGUGCAACAAGUAGGAGGCGCUACAGGCGCCGGUGUACCACCUGUUGCCACAGGCCCAGUAAGUGGCACUAUUACACGACCCGAAGUUGAUCUUAUGGUUGCCAAUCAGAAUGCCUUAUUAGCGACAGCACGUGAGCUACGCACGCUAAUUGGUGAAAUUCAAAUUCGCACAGACACCAUCAUACAAAAUCAGCAACGUGCGCCCACAGCUCAGGUGCAACCAGCGGGAUAUGAUAUUCAGGCCGUUAUCAACGAGAUGCGAGACGGUAUGAAUCAGGUGAAACAAGGAAUGGCGCAUGUUGGACAAAAACUUGGCUCGCCACAAGCUGGCGCACAAGUGGGUUGUCCAACAGGCAAUUGUGUUGGUGUAACUUUGUUCCUAGGCGUUACAGUUGUGCAGCUGCUGCUUGUAUUUUUGUACCAAAUUUUCAAGAGUCGUAGUGAAGCUCAAGCGAAAAAGUUCUAUUAAUACCAAAUUCCAAGAACAGCAGAACUGCAAUAGAAAAUUACGUUGAUAUAGGAGAAAGCUCAUCUUUUUCUACAUGUAAAUCAUUUAUAAUACACAUGUCCUAAUUAAUUCGAUUUUACUGAAAACAUAAGUGUUCUAUUACAUUCUAAGUUGUGUCAUUUAGCCGAAUGAUUAGAAUGAUUAGAACAUUUUCCCAAAAUAAGAAAGAAACAUGAACAAUUUGUAUACCAAGAGAACAAAAAAGUAAGCAAACUGUAAAUUUAAAUAUGUGCAUCAAAAGAGGAGUAGAUAAAAAGUAAACAAAAAUAGUAAAUUAAUUUGGAUGAUUAUGAUUUAGAAUUGAAAAUGUUUCUACAUCUGGAAUGAGAUUGUAUCAACCGUUGUGUGAGUGUAUCAUACAAUAAUAUUUAAUAGUGAU